AUGACGUCACGCUCGCCGCGUGCGACUGCGGGAGGGGGGGGAGCAGUGUGCUGGUCCAGGGAUGGACGAAGAGCGGGGGACCCGGGGCGAAGCUUUGGGCCGCACGCGGGGUUAGGGUGGAGCGAUGCCUCCGAGGGGGACUCUUCGCCCCCCCCGAGGAGCGGUGACGGGCCGUGGAUCGGCCGGCGUCUGAACGUGUCGGAGAAACUCCAGCUGCUGCACAACUCGUCUUUCUCGGAGACGGGGGCGGGGACGCAUGGCGGCGGGGCUGCUGCUGCGGCAGCGGCGGGGGGUGGGGGUGCGAAGAGGAGCGACGAGCUCCGCGUCGGCUGCUACGAUGAGUUGGGCGAUGAGGAUGGGCUCUGGCGACAUUUGGAGCACAAGCACGGAGAAGGAGGAAGGGGACUUCGUAGCGAUGGCGGCACCGCCUACCCAUCAAACGUGGGGCGAGGCCUGGGGCGGUAG